AUGCGAUUACAAGGCAGCUCGGCGAGCAGCGCGUCGGUCGCUUCCAGGUUAUACGGUACAAGGUCUCGAAGAGAUAGUCUCGGUGGAAGCUCUUCGGAGAGUGAUUUAAUUGCAUUUGGAGGAGAUCAAGACGCUCUAAACGACUUCAGUUCACAAAUGAAUCAAUUCAAUACAUUCACGAAACGGUACUCGGAGCUCGAGGAGCGUAACAUGUCUCUUUCGGAUGAGAAAACUCGUUUGAAAACUGAGAAUUCAGUGCUAAAAGAGAGAAUGCACAAUCUGGAAGAGCAAUUGACAGACAAUGAAGAUCGAUUCAAACAACUACUUUCCGAUGAGAAAACAAGAGGAACUGAAUCAAUGUCAAGAUUGAAAAGAGAAAAAGAAUUGGAAACUGAAAGUUGGAAUUUGAAAUAUCAAAUGCUCGAAAAAGAUCUGAAUGCAGCGAAAAAAGAUGUGGAAAGGUCGAACGAAGAAACGAAAAGAGUGCGAAAUGAAUUGGAGAAAACGGAGAAUAAAUUGGAAGAAGCACAACUUUUGAUUGAAGGAAUGGAAGAGGAGCGAAUUCAAUUGGAGAGACAAUUCAAGAAAUUCAAAGAGGAAGCUCAACAAGAUAUUGAUUCAAGCAGUGAGAUGGUUGAGGUGUUGGCCCUAGAAACAGAAGAAUUGAGAAGGAAAGUUGAUGGACCAAGAUCUGGAAGCAUUUCUGAUCAUCUUGGAGAUAUGCACGAAGAAAUGGAUGCAUUGAAAGCCAAGGUGGCAGAAUUGAUGAGAGAAAAAGAGGAAAUGGCUGACCAGUUAUUGGCUACUUCUGUUGAAAGGGGAAGAUCAUUGAUUGCUGAUACCCCAUCUCUUGCCGAUGAACUGGCUGGAGGUGAUUCAUCUCAGUUACUGGAUGCUCUUCGUGAACAAGAGAUUUGUAAUCAAAAACUCCGAGUUUACAUCAAUGGAAUCCUGAUGCGUGUCAUCGAGAGACACCCAGAAAUCCUCGAAAUCGGAGAAGAAGGGGAAUCCUCUCCAAGUUGA